UCUGUAGCGCGCGAGUGCUCGUUGCAUGACGUCACCGCGCCAGCUGCGUCGUGAACGCGUACUCUUCCUAACAAGGAAGUCGUCGGUUUGUGUUGACGGAAUAAGAUUCUUCAGCUAUGGAUCGGAUAAAGGCAGAAAUAAGUGGUCUGAAGAGGUGAACCCAGAGCAGCUCCCUGUGCCCCAGCCAGCCAGAGCCAUGGUGAGCUGCUGCCCCCGCCCCAUGCUCUGCUCCCGCUCCUCAGCCUAUACGCUCGCUCUCGGCCUGGGCUUCGUUACCUUGGGGACGAGUCGCAUUGUGCUGCUCAAGUUCUCAGCAAACGCCGAAAACAAGUAUGACUUCCUCCCUGCAUCUGUGAACCUGCUCGCUGAAGCGCUGAAGCUGCUCUUCUGUCUGGUUAUGUCAGUCAGAGUGAUAGUCAGAGAAGGACGAUCAUGCAGAGAUCUGGGCUGCGCCUCCAGCUCCUCCUUCCUGAUCUCCUUAAAGUGGGCCGUUCCAGCGUUCCUCUACUUUCUGGACAACCUCAUCAUCUUCUAUGUGAUGACCUACCUGCAGCCGGCCAUGGCAGUGCUGUUCUCCAACUUUGUCAUCCUGACCACAGCUGUUCUCUUUAGACUUGUUUUAAAGAGACGCCUGUCCUGGGUUCAGUGGGCUUCUUUAGUUAUCCUCUUCCUGGCCAUCGUCUCCUUGACAACGGGAUCAGAGGGCAGCCAGAACUCCAUAGCAGUGCCAGGCCUUCACUCAAACCCGCUCUCCACCCCGUCCAACUCCUGCAUCCUCUACACUCAGCUCCUAGAGCAGAUGAAAAACAGCAGCGCCUCCGCGUCGUGGACGUCGUCUCUGCCCGGUCAGGCCUGGAGGGACCGGGUGGUGGAGAAGCUGCAGACGUUGGGCGUGGGCCACCUCCUGCUGCUGCUGCAGUGCUUCAUUUCCGCCAUGGCCAACAUCUACAACGAGAAGAUCCUGAAAGAGGGAGACCAGCUCACAGAGAGCAUCUUCAUUCAGAACAGCAAACUGUAUGUGUUUGGUGUGGUGUUCAACGCUCUGACUCUGGGACUCAGCAGCGAGGCGAGAGGACUCACCAUCCACUGUGGCCUCCUCCAUGGACACAACGUCUACUCACUGGCCCUGGUGCUGGUCACUGCUGCUCUGGGCUUGUCAGUCGCCUUCAUCCUGAAGUUCAGAGACAACAUGUUCCACGUGCUGACAGGCCAGAUCACCACCGUUCUGGUCACCGGCUUCUCCCUCUUCCUGUUCGACUUCCGGCCGUCGCUGGACUUCUUCCUGCAGGCGCCCAUGGUCCUGCUGUCCAUCUUCAUCUACAACGCCAGCCGGCCCAGGGACCCCGAGUACAGCCUGCAGCAGGAGAAGCUGCGGGUCAUCAACGGAGAGGUGUUUGAGAGGUCCAGAGGGGACGGCGAGGAGCUGGAGCUCCUUACCAAAACCAACACCGACAGCGAGUCUGAUGAAGAGUCUCUGUAAAAUCCCGAGUUCGGAGGAUAAACCGCUGCUGAAGCUUCUCUGCACAGAAGUCUGAACCUCGUCACUUGGUGGAACAUCAAGUUUGUCCCACUUUUUACAUUUUCUGUCUUGAAUUUGUACGAUGUCACCACAUGUUCAAGAAUCAACUACUUGUUUGGAAAUUCUAUUUUCUUGUGCUCUGAGCGCCCAAAUGUUCAAAUUCAUUGACAGUUUAAUUAGAAACCAAGGACAAGCUGCCAAUUUCACUCUGUUUCCAGUAUUUGUUUUGCUGUGGAGUGAAUCUUUAUCAAUGCAGACAUCAGAGAACACUAUUGCUGCAGUGAGUUGGACAAAAAAAAGCUUGUUUACCAAUAAAAGCACAAAAACGUUCCUGUUCCCAAAACUUUCUUGAAGUGAAAAAUGAAGCAAAAGCGUUUCAGUUCAUCAAAUCUCUGUGUGUGGAUAUGUGGAGCAGACCUCCACGAUUAUAUUUUAUGUAUAUUUAAUGGUGCGUCUGACCUGAGAGCAUUCAAUGAAUGGGCUUCAGAUCUGCUGCAGCUUCAUCAUUAAUGUUGAUUUGGUGGAUUAAAUUGUGAAAUUCUGUAAAAUGUAUCUUUCUCUUAAUAUUGUUGAUGCCUUUGAAAUACGUAUGCCAUUUAUUGUGAAAUGACUUUUUUUUUUAUUAAAAGAAACUUGCUAAAG